UUUCAGAAACAAAGCAAUCCAAAAAAAAAUGUUCCGUCAUGAAAUCCAGCCACCGGAGUUCUCGUUUUCCCCAAUAUCUCUCGACGAGGACCAGCGCUGCAUGAGUCUGUCACGUCUUUCUUCAAACCAUCUCGGAGCUCCAAAACCACUGCGUCGGUGCCGUAGUGCUUCACCAGCAACCUGCAGAGAUCUGACAAUCAGUCCAGAGCAUCAGAAACUGAUCAAGCGAUCUUGGAAUCGAAUUCCCAAAGCACAGUUCGGUCGUGCUUCGCUUGAAGCAUUCAUCACUGCUGCUCAAGUGACACACGCAAUUUUCGUGGACAAGGAAACAGAGAAUCGCCAUGUCAAAUACUUUGUCGACUUGGUCCAAUCAUGUGUGGACAACCUGGAGAACCUGGAGACCGGCGUCAAACCUUGGCUGGACUUGAUUGGUCGAGGACACGCGAACUUUAAGAUCACUGGAAAACAUUGGGAAAAAUUUGGCGAAAGCUUGCUAACCACCGCCACCGAAUGGAAUGGUCCGGGGCGUCGUCAUAAAGAAACGGUGAAGGCAUGGAUGGUGAUGUCUUCAUUUCUAGCAGACCGUCUUGCUCAUGCUUCUCGCCUGGCUCACCACUCACCAAUGCUAACUCCUCGCGUUCAGCUGUUGACCGGAAGAUCGGCGUUCGAGUUCAAUAACUGACUUCGAAAUGAAGCAGUUUCAACAACAUAACAUAUGGUUUAUGUAUCAAUUCUGAUUCUGUAAUCUGUAAAAUUUAAAAAAAAUGUUAAACCAAUAAAUUUUUUUCUUUC